AUGGCGAGGAGCACGCGGUCGGUGGCGACAGAGCGCGCCUACCACCACUUCGCGCCGGCGUCGACGCGUGGCCUCACGGGGUACCCGGCCACGGCAGGCGGCCCCGUCACGGCCGACGAGUUCGACGAGUCAGACGUCUGGGGGUCGUUCAACCCGGCAGAGGAGGCCGAACAACCGGCAAGGUCGGGUGCCGAGCUUCCCCGGGCCCGUGCAGUCCCGGCUGCCCGUCCUGUGAGGAAGACGAAGCCGGUGGGCGGGGGCGGCACCGCGCACGGGUCGCUACCCGUGGCCAUACCGGACUGGGCCAAGAUCCUUGGGGAUGAGUACCAGGGGCACCAGGCCGGGGACUGGGAGCUAGACGACGCGGACGACGAGGACGUCGAGGGCGCCUCGGUGGUGCCGCCGCACGAGCUGGCGUGGCGGCGCCGGGCCGCAUCGCUGUCUGUGAACGACGGGAUGGGGGUCGGCAGGAUGCUCAAGGUCCGAGACGCGGUCUGGAAGAAGACAGGGUUCCAGGCCUGA